AUGCCUCCACCAUCCGCUGCCCAACAGAAGGUUCUCAUCGCCCAGUUCGUAGCUCUGACUGGUCAAUCAGAGCGACAGGCUACCCGUUACCUCAAGAAUGCCGGGUUCAAGCUCAACGAAGCUGUCGAUACUCACUCAAGCACAGUCCGGCCAGCUAAGAAGAUGGGAUGGAAAAGUUUCAAGAAGCGCAUCAAGACCGGGGUUCCUAUCUUGUCCUCUACCAAGGAGGCCGGCAAAGAUACCUCUCGAUCGUCUCAUCAGACGGAAUCUGAACAAACACGAACGAAUUCUAAAUCUCGGUUCUUUUCAUCCAAUGGAGACACUAAAGGCCCAUCGCCUCUGGAAGUAUCGCUAGACAAGCUAUUUACUCAACUGCAAGACUCUAGCGAUGAAAAAGACAAACUGGAGCUCGACUCUACAAUGUCAUACCUCACUGAGAAGCUACAAGUCAACAUCGAAAACGCCGAGCUACUUGUUGCGCUUGAACUUCUCCAGGCUCCAUCUGUGGGCGUCAUUACCAGAAAAGGUUACGUUGAUGGCUGGAAAGUGACUGGAGCUGGAAUGACACAUCAAGAGCAUGCCGCCCAUCUCCGAAAACUGACCAAAUCCCUAUCUUCUGACCCGACGCUAUUCAAGAAGGUUUAUAGACAUACCUUUGUUGCUGGUCGAGAUGGCGACCAGAAAGCACUGAACCUUGAGACUGCGCUCGUUUACUGGGACAUCCUAUUUGCCCCUCCAGGAAUGGAGUGGAAGACACCAAACCGCAACUGGCUGGAAUUGUGGAAGUCCUUCCUCAACGCCAAAUGGACUCGUUCGGUCAACAAGGACAUGUGGAACAUGACACUGGAGUUUGCCCUCAAGUCUUUAUCUGACGAGUCACUAUCAUUUUGGAAUGAGGAUGGCGCUUGGCCAAGUGUGAUUGACGACUUUGUGGAUUGGUGUCGUGAGCAGGGCAUUGGUAAGACCGAUGGCAUGGACGUUGACAACUAG